AUGGCGAACACAAAAAAAAAAUUUGAAGCAUGUCUAUUACGUACCACAACUGAUGUUCUUAUUGUUGCUGAAUGGCAUCAGUUAGCAACAACAACUGAUAAAGCAAAAUUAACCGUUGGAUCAUGCGUUGGAUACAAAGAAUCAACCAAAAAACGAGGAAAAAUUAUUCGUGGAACUAUUGUAAUUACGGGUGAUGAUGAUAAUCCAAAGGCGGUCGAAGUUGAACCAGUAAAAAAUAUUCAAUUUGAAAAUAAAAGUCCAAAAAACAAGACGAAUGUAACAACUUCAAAUCCAGAACAUAUUGAAGAAAAUAGCAAGAAAACUUGUUCGUCUUCAAACAAGCGUAUUCGUUCUGAGGAUGAAACAGAAGAAUCUCCAGUAUCAAAACGAACUAAUAUAUCAUUGGCACGUUUUGAUGAAAUGGAAAUGGAAAACAAAAGACUGAAAAAAGAAGUAAAGAUGUACCAAGAGCACUGGAUGCGUACGUAUUAUGCUUUUUGA